AGCUCUCGCCGCCAGCUGUGGGUGAAGGCGGUGCGCAAGAUCACCUCCCAGCGGCUGCUGGCUGUGCCUCCGCCCCCAGCCACACCGCCCCCAGCAGUCGCCGCCGGCGAUGUCCGCCUCACGCCACUCAGGAGGGACUGUUCCGAACCAGACGGGGACUCCCCAGCAGCUGGUGACGCUGUCGUUGCCGUUGAGGCGACCAGCCCAGCAGGUGAUGGCGAUCCUGAAGACCCACUUGCUGCCACCACGUUGUCCGCCGCAGGCGGCGGCAGCGGCGGCGAGGAGGCGGCGCCGACGGCGUCCGGGGCGGUGUUCAAGCGCGGCAUGGUGUACCGCGGCAUCUACUGCCCCUCGCUGACCAACAGCUUCCGCGAGUCGCACCUCGAGCUGGCGUACCAGCGCUACUCGCACCGGCAGCGCCAGCGCUCGCUCAUCGUGGUCAACCUGGUGGACCUGCUGCUGAAGGCGGUGCUGGGCGGCGGCUGGGCCGUGCACACGGGCGCCGGCACCGUGCCGCAGGCGCAGAGCAUCGCCUGGACCGCCUGCUCCGCCUCCGCCAACGUCGCCGUCUGCGCGCUCGGCUGGUGGCGCUGCUUCGCCAACAACUACCUGCACUGGGCCGCCAUCUGCACCUGGCUGCUGCUCAACGCACAAGGCUUCGUGGGCGACGGCAUCGGCUUCCCGUACCAGGAGUACCUGGUGUGGUACGUGCUGUUCAUCGUGUUCGUGACGUACGCGAUGUUGCCACUGCCGCUGCGCUGGUGCAUGAUCCUGGGCUGCGCCACCGCCGCCAUCCACAUCAUCACCUCAGCCUUCAACUACGCCGCGCCUUCCAAGCAGGUGGUGGACCUGCACUCGGUGCUGCUGCAGCUGUGCACGAAUGCGAUGCUGUACGUGGCGGUGAACUUCGCCGGCAUGUACACCAAGUACCUGACGGACCGCGGCCAGCGCAAGGCCUUCCUGGAGACCCACCGCUCCAUGGAGACGCGCUGCCGCACCCAGAAGGAGAACGACCGCCAGGAGAAGUUGCUGCUCUCCGUGCUACCGGAUUUCGUAGCGAAGGAGAUGAUCAGAGACAUCUCCAAAGAAGAGGAGAAAGGGUCUUUCGUACCAAAUCAGUUCCAUAAGAUCUACAUCCAUCGAUAUGAAGACGUGAGCAUCCUCUUUGCUGACAUCAAAGGAUUCACAGCUUUGGCGAGCCAAUGCAGCGCGCAAGAACUAGUUCGUGUACUCAACGAUCUAUUUGCACGAUUCGACAAACUUGCCACAGAGACACACUGCCUGCGCAUCAAACUUUUGGGAGACUGCUACUACUGUGUCUCUGGUUUGCCAAAAGCACGUGCCGAUCAUGCUCACUGCUGUGUGGAGAUGGGGCUGCAUAUGAUCAAGGCUAUUCAGCAUGUACGCCAGAGAACACAGGUAGAUUUAAAUAUGCGAAUUGGCAUACACUCAGGUUCUGUUUUAUGUGGAGUACUUGGGCUGCGGAAAUGGCAGUUCGAUGUUUGGUCUUAUGAUGUAACUCUUGCCAAUCACAUGGAAAGUGGAGGCAUUCCAGGGCGAGUCCACAUCUCAAAGGCAACAUUAGAUUGUCUUAAUAAUGCCUAUGAAGUGGAGCCUGGAUAUGGUGAGACCCGUGAUAAUUACCUGAAGGAACAAGGAGUUGAAACAUUUUUAAUAAAGCAAGUGGAGCCUCUAAGACCACGGAAGAGAGUAUAUCAAGGACGUUAUUCAAGGCCACGGCUGUGGUCAGAAGAUGAGAAGGCUGGGACAAUGGUUACUGUUAUCUCCAACAAUAACAAUAAUAGUUCUGUCAUCACCACUGCUCACAAUAAUCAAUCAUCUAUAGAUGACGAAACAACUACUGAUUGGCAACCAGAAAUUCCAUUUGGAAAUCUUGACUAUAGCAAUGGAGCUAUGGGAGAUCCAUUCCAAAAUGAUGAUACUGAUGAUGACGAUGAUGAAGCAGGUCACAAAUCACCUCCACCGGAUAUUCAUCACCUCACUAUGGCUGAACAAGUUGAUGAAAUCAUUGAUCACAGCAUAGAAAUUGAAAGCAAUAAAAGGAUGAGAGAUGCUAAUGUUAAUGCAUGGACACUACAUUUUAAGGACAACUCUAUGGAAAAGAAGUUUUGUCAACUGCGGGAAGAUAUGUUCAAAUCCAACAUGCUGUGCUGCUUCAUAAUAUGGAUCUUUGUUGUUAUAUGCCAAGCUAUUAUCUUGCCAAGUUCGGUGGUACUGAUAAUGACACUGUCAGUGACUACUUUUCUGCUAACCUGUGCACUCGUCCUCGUAAUGGCUGAGGAAUUUCAGCAGCUACCUGUUGUCCUGCAGACAAUGUCCAGUGUCCUCGUGCAUCACCGCAACAGACGCACUGCCUUCAUAUGUGGUGUUGUCGCCCUUAUGGCAGUCACUGCAUCUGUCAGUCUGGUCUGCUGUCCAACACAAGAAACAGAGACAGAAUACUUGCUAGGAAAUGAGUCAGCUCCAGUGGCAAUGGUAAAUAAGGUGGUUUCAUCAAUGGCCAUGGAGUUUGCUACUCAUGAGUAUACUUCCAGUAGUACUGGCAGACCAGCUGUGAAUGAAUCUAGAAACUCAACACACACUGCAGACUCAAAUGCAAGGAUAAAAAUGUUAAAUACUGUCACAACACAUAAACCUCUUGCUAGAAGGAGGAGGCAGCUGCAAAAUUCUACUCAGAAUAACACAACUGAUCAGCUUUCACCCAGAGAAAACUUCUCUCGUGUGAUAAAGGGCAAGAACAGAAGCAGUGAUCUCAGUGUCAAUAUGAAUUAUGUACAUAAGAAAAACAAAACCAAUGUUGAACUGUCAAGAAUGGCAGGGAAUGCAUCAGUAAGGACGUUCAGUAAUACUGAUGAUUCAAUGCACAAAGAAAUGUUUUCUAAUUCUCAGGACAGGGGAGGUAAAUCUGUCGUGCAGCAGUUAAAUAAAAUCAGAACUCAGGACAACACCAGUACGUCAAGUAACGGCUUCUCCUUUUUAAAGAAUCUGUCACUAAGUUUAAGUGAACGAUACCGGAGGUUGGCAGAAGAUCUCAUUUAUAGUGAUACAGUGAAAACAUUCCAUAAUAUGACAGUAAAUAAACGAUUACCACAUGACAACAGUGAAGCAGAAAAAUGUAUUCAUCCAGAAUACAUUGUUUUCACGUGGGUUUUGUGUCUCAUGGCUCUUGCAACAUCACUGAAGCUGUAUUAUCUUGUGAAGACUGCACUGGCUUUCACAAUGGUCACAGUAUUUUAUGUUCUCAUACUGGUUGCAUACCCAGAAGUUUUCUUUAUUGAACCGGAAGAAGAGUCAACACUACCACUUUAUACACAAAUGCUGGUGCUACUCACUGUUUUUCUGAUUAUGGUGAUAUAUCAUGCACGCCUUGUGGAAGUAACAUCAAGACUCGAUUUCCUCUGGAAACAACAGGCUGAACGAGAACUGGCAGACAUGAUGGAAACACGGCAAAAUAAUACGCAGUUACUGAAAAACAUUUUACCAGACCAUGUUGCGAAACAUUUCUUAUCUGAAGAUCGCCGAACUGAGGAGCUGUAUUCCCAGUCCCGUGACAAAGUUGGAGUGAUGUUUGCAAGUAUACCCAACUUCACAGAAUUUUAUUCAGAGGACAUAAACAAAGGAAUGGAGUGCAUUCGUUUGCUGAAUGAAAUUAUUGCUGACUUUGAUGAGCUCUUAGAUGAACCGCGAUUCAAGUGCAUUGAGAAAGUCAAAACAGUUGCAUCUACUUAUAUGGCUGCUUCUGGUCUAAACCCCACUCACAAGCCAGAUGAAGAUGAACUGGAACAUCUGUGUGCCCUUGUAGAUUUUGCUCUAGCAAUGAAGCAACGUCUUGAUGAUGUUAACAAACAUUCCUUCAAUAACUUCCAUCUCAGAGUUGGUAUCAGUUGUGGUCCUCUUGUAGGAGGUGUUAUUGGUGCUCGAAAACCUGUUUUUGAUAUCUGGGGAAAUACUGUAAACGAAGCUUCUAGGAUGGACUCUACAGGAACGAUGGGACAGAUACAAGCACCCAAAGAAACUGCAAUGAUACUGGAAGCUAGAGGCUACCAGGUACAACUCAGAGGGACAAUAGCAGUGAAAGGUAAAGGUGAUAUGGAAACAUACUAUGUUCUUGGACGCCGUACGAGUAGAUCUGCAACAUUUACUAGGCAACCCAGCCAGUACAACAGUUUAGCUGCUGUUGUUUACGGAAUGGUACAAGCAAGACGCCGCCAGACAAUCCGUAAGGGAAACACAUCAAGCAGCACUGCUGUUGGACGAGCACGAUCUCAACAGCAGAAGAAGGAUGGGAAUAAUAUUGCUGGAGGUGGAAUUGUUAAUCGUUUUAAUAACUACAGCAGUGUUAGAUUAUCAGGACGUCCAACAUCAAAUUCUGCUCACAGAAGUAUGGGACGGGGUAGUGUGCGACAGCUAUCGGUUGAUCCCAAUGCUAUGCGUAACAACAGUGGUAUUUUGUGGAGUUUACAACAGCAGCAGCAUUCUUCUGCUCCACAAACCCCACUGGUUUCUGAACACAACCCUGCACAACAGAAACCAGCUUUUCCUUAUGUUGAACCAAAACUUGUCACAAAUGGCACCAAAGAUCCUCCAACCAUUCCUAGAUGAGACUUGUAAUUUUUGAUGCCAUGUCCUGGUAUGUGCAAGAAAUAUGUGUGGUUAACUCUCCAUCUCUAUUUAGUUGUGGACUCCUGAGUCAUUAAUUACAUCAAGAAAAACCAUAUACUGAUGUUGCAUACUUCUUGCUCUCGGAGUUCAGAUAAUGCCACUGGUCUGAGUUUGAAAUGUAAAAAAGUAGAGAUGAUAUAUUUUUGUAGUAUUUAAGUUUACAAAAUAAAUUUAGUACAAAACUUCUUGUGACACAUUCUGAAAUUUUACUUUUAAGGUAUCUUUUCUUGUACUUGUGUAGACCUUUUGUAAGCACUUAAUUUACUGUCUUUCCUUUCCACAGUACUUUUGUAUAUAGUUGACAUUAUUGUAAAAACAUUGUAUAUACUUACUAUAUGUGGAAUAUAUACAUAAUUGUUAUGAGGAAACUUCCUGUUCAGAUGGACAGUUUUGAAUUAUAAAAGGUAACACAAUACAAAAUGACAGUAUAUUUACAUCAUAUUGUUUUGUAUAUACUCCUUGGUAAAUGUACAUAAGUUUUUGAUAGUUGAACCACAUUUUCUAUUCAUGUUUUGUAUUUAAUUUUUGUACUGUUUUUGACAUCCCACAAAAUAUUUAAGACUUCCAUUAGAAUAAAGAGAUAGGUUUGAUACUUAAACAAAUACAUGUUGUUCAGUCUGAGUGAAAAAAAAGGUGCAUUUACGGAAAGAGCAACAAAUUAAAGUAAUAAUCCCAUGCCUUGGAAUCUUAUACAAUAAAGUAUAUGGAAUUUACUGAAGAGAAAGGAUUAUGGAAUUAUAUACAAAGCUGUACAAUAAAAAAUACAGGGGAAAGAACAAAUGAGGUUAAACAAACAAGGCCAGUACAGAUACAGGUGAUGAAUAAAAAGCAAAUGAUGAUGAGACCACGAACAGAGAAUAUCUUUCCAGGCUUGAACUGCAGAGUAGCAGUGAACAAGAUGGGAUAUGAAAAAGGAGAAAAUCAAAAGUAGCAUCAAAGCAUAUAUGAAUGCAAUAGACAUCAGCUGUGAUGAGAAAGAGAAAUAAAGAGAAAACUAGGGAACAAAUUAGGUUGCUCUUUGGGCACUGGAUCCAAGUUCAAAAAGGGAGAAGAACAAAUCUGUAUGUAACUAUACUAAUAUUAUUAAUUCAGUUUUCUUACAGUAAAACAAUUGCCGUAUUUUACGGACUAUAAGAUGCUACGGACUGUAAGAUGCCAUAAACUAUAAGAUGCACCUUAAUUUUGUAAGCAUUUUUUUAAAAUAACUACCAUUUUUAUUGUUAGAUUGCAAGGUCAUAUUAAAAAAAAAUACUUAACCCUAGAAAUCGUUAUCUCCUAGUUCUGGCCAUUUUACAUUCAGUCCUGUAUUUGCACAUUUAAUCUUCUUCAUUUUUUUUUCAGUUCUUCUUUACUAGCCUGCCAAUUGAAAAUGGUUUUCUUUCUGUUGGUGGAGGGUGGCUGAAAUGCUCUGUUUCCAUAUUCUUUUGCUUAUGCUUUUAUUUUCAAUUUAUGGCCCCCAUCAUAUGAACACCUUUUAUUUUUUUUUCAUUAGUAAGCUAGCUACUAAAAAAAAUGUACUGUCACUGAUAACACAAAUCACUUCCAAUUCAAGUUCACUGGCACUGUUGACUGUAGUGAUGCAUCAUAUGCUAGACAGGUCCCGGAUUUGUGAUGACAGGGUGGGAGGGAGACAGUGUUAGCAUGCUUGUGACUCCCCGCAAUUCAUGUUCAUCGGAUUGGGGCACUGCUGCUGCCAGUUGAAUCCAGUAAUGCCAAAUAGAGAUAAGUUUUCUGCAGCAUCAAAGACUGGCAGGAACUGUAAAUCAAACACUGGAAAAUCUUUGUAUUAAUUUCAAGUAUAAGACAUACCAGAAUUUUGGAGGUUAUUUUUCGAAGAAAAAAUGUGUCUUAUAGUCAUUAAAAUAUUGUACGCAUUCCUUUACCCAUCUUUAUCCAGCUGCAACCCCACAAUUACAACUUAUAUGCAGACCCAGCAUGAAACUGCUAACUUACGUUCUCCCUCCCUCAUCACUAGCCAGCUCAGUGGCUCACAAAGAAAGAAGUCUAGGUAGAAAUAAACAAACAAAAAAUUGGGUGACUGCAGUAAAGUGUAGGAGAUGGGCAGCUAAAUUUGAAUGAGAACAAUAACUGCUAUAUCAAAACAACAGGAUAUGUAGGUAAGAGAGGACCUGCAAAACAGUAAGAAAAAAGGAAUCCAUAUAAUAUAGAUGUAAGAAUAAAGAGAUUACUGAGAAGUUUAUGAUAACAGCUCUACCAGACUUUUAAAUUUUGUGAUGAUGUGAUCACUUUGUAACCAUUGCCUCCAUAACUAUUCUCUAUAUCUCAUUGUAACUGUUGACUCCAUAACUAUUUUCUGUGACAUAUAAAUGUGCAGUAGUGAUCCAUGUAUAAUAUAGGACUGACUCAUAUUUCCGAAAAUAACUUUUUAUAUGUCUUUAUUUUCGCAAAUGAAGUCAUUGUUUGCAGCAAAACGUGUGUUGUACACUGAUAAUUGUUAUUCUUUAUCGGUUAUCAGUAUACUCUAUAAACAUUUACAGUGAGUAAUCAGUAAACAGCAGCUACUUAUCACUAUGAGAAAAGCCCCAGCUUUUCGAUUGUAGUGGCUUUUCAUUAACUGUAUGAAAUGUUCAAUCAGUACCUUCAUAAGGAUGAAUAGAGUGUAGCAGUUUACAUUCAAUAAUAAUAUACUGUUAAGACAGCCUAUAGAAACAAAUUGUGGCAGCUAUUUCUCCUUGUUAAUUUAUACCAUGACUUGGCCUGCAUAUUCGAACCGCCUUAUUGUGACAGUUUCUAGAGAAAUAGUGUAUGAAUAAUGAAAUAGACGAAAUUUUCAUGCUCUAACAAAAAGCAAAACUCCAUGCAAAAGGUUUCUCUAAAUCUACAGUAGUUGACUGUGAGUGUGUGGCAACUGAAUAAAGUCAUUGUGUACCACAAAAUGCUUCCCAGAAUAACAUCAUAGUUGUUUCCAUUUAUUAUCAAUGUAUCAAAGUUUUAUGGUCGUCAACAAAAAAAAUUAAGAAGCUGCAUUAAGUGUUGUAGUGAACAAUAAUGCACGCUAGGACAAUAUUGAGACAAUAAAAGCUAUUUCAGGGCUUGGUUGGAAUGCCAUUCCACUUCCUACUUACUGUCCUGAUAUUACUUCCUCAUACUUCCCCCAUUACUAAUAUAUAUCCUGUAUUCUU